GCUGAAAAAAUAAUAAAGCACAUUGUUAUUAUUGUUAUUAUUAUUUUUCUUUUAAGAUGCCAAAUUACAGUUAUUAACUGAACAGAAAAAUUGUUUUAGAGGUAGCAUUUUAUGGUUGAUUAAUUUCGGACUUCUCACACAUCUAACACACGAUCAAUACACACUUUAACAUCUUUGGUUUUAAUGUUGAAGCCGAUUGGUUGAGUUUUAAACUAAGGCAGUGAUUUUAGUUUUCUUUAUGCUUUAUUUAUUGUUUCUACCAGCAGAUGUCACCAGAGAGCAACAAUUAACCAGUAGCAAUAAUAACGUGGCUGUUCCUUUGACUGUCUGGGCCUGACUGCAUUGUGGUUAGUUGUUCUCUCAGGAUGGCAGAUGGCACUUUAAAAAGCCAUCUUUGUUGUGAAAUAUAAAAAUAUUUCUUAUUCCAUAAAAGCGAUUUUGACUGUAAGAUGUUAGCUGUGUGAUGGAUUGCGAGUGAAUAUAUUGUAUACUGUAAAUGCACAUGAAACUGGGAAUCCACACCAGCCUCCAUUCCCUCUAUUCUUUGAAGUCACUCAUUAUUUUCCUGCUGAAUUUUAUUGCAAGACUAUAAAGGAAACAUUCAUGACUGGAUUAUCCAUAUUAGGGAGGACCAGAAUGAAAAUCUUCUGUUGUUCCCCCUUUUUGCAUUUGCCCAUCUAGUACAGAGCACACAGCAGCCUAUAAAUGGCAGCUUCAUUAUUUGCCUAGAGACUAUAACCAGCACUCUUAUGCUAGAAAACCUCCUAGCAAUGUUUUGUGUGUGUUAGCUUGUGGGAAUUUGAUUACACAGAACAUUAUUUGUGAAUAUGUUUACCGUCAGCAUAAUAUGAUUUAAAAAUAUUAAGGUCUUAAAACCGGAUUUUGAAACGGUGACACUCAACACUAAGGCGGCCACGUCAUCAUAUCAUGAAUGCAUCUAAUUUGAGGCUGUGUAUACAGUGGUGUGAAAAAGUCUUUGCCUCCUUCCUGAUUACUUUUUUGCAUAUUUGUCACACUUAUAGUGCAGGUUUCAGAUUUAGAGGACAAUUAUUUUCUCACAUGGAGCCAAGUAGUCAUAUAUGUAAUGCCUACAAAAGUGUAGGAUGUGUGCACACAGAUUCAUUUCCACCUCAGGUAUGUCUCUCGUGCACUAUAUGUUUGCUUUGUGCUGUGUUCCUGUCUUCCUGUCUGACAUCUUCAAAUAUAUGUUAUGCUGUCUGUAGCCACUCUUUGUGCUCCGUUUUGAAUCCCAAAACGCAUUGUAAAUAACACAAAAACUUCAUUUUUAUAAAGUAUCACCAUGCAAUUUUUGCUUUAUGUUUGUGAUGUCAUAUGAACACUAUAUACUAACUCUACUAAUGACACCACAGUCCUGACCCUUAGCCUAGAGCUAUUAUUUAGCCCGUAGCACAGUAAAAUAACAAGCAAAAAAAUUCAAAUGCAAUUAUAUAAUAAAAUGUAAAACACUCUCACAGUGUUAAGAAGUUGGUUUUAAAGAGCUAUUUCCUCUAUUUAUUUUAUGUUAACACGUUAAGGUACCAGCAAAACAGCAGAUACAACAUUAGGAAACAUUUGAUUUCCUAUUCAUAUCUGUCUAAGGCCUCAUUUACAGUAGCCUAGAUACCAGUUAGCGACCAUCUGGCAACUAUGGGUUUUUGCAAGUGGUUGCUGGUUGAUGCUGGGCGAAAUUGAUUGGAAAGCAGGUGCUGUGCCUUGUGAUUGCUUUGGUUGCAAACAGACUGCCACAACUAGCUGUAGUUCGCAUAAAUGACGUGUCUGUUAUUUUACUCUCCAAGCUGUAAUGAAACUUGAAAAAGUGUGAUGCAAACCAAACUGCAGAACUACUGCUCUCAAAGUAAAAGCCGGUCCUUAUUCUGCAGAUCAUUUCAAAAGGUGCAGCUUUUACAUAUUACAUUGCACUUUUUCAAGGGAAUCCACAUUUUUCAGCCAAUGAUUGUUACCACAUGGUUGCUAACUCAUCUCUAGGUCCCCAUGACUGAGUUAACCCGCACAACUUUAACUUUAAUAGCCAAGUUGAUGCCUGCCAUGCGGGGGGGGGGGUUACAGUAAGUGGCAUCAAUAUUUAACUAAAUGAAUAUCUUGUUGUAUUUAACUGGACUUAAAAUUAGCAAUAUCAGUAAAUGUUUCAUGAGGUCAUAGAUCAAGUGAGCCAAAAGGCUUUUAUUUAAUUAGACUUCUUUUUGCUUUUUUAUCUUCUAUAGUCCUGCUGAAAAUAUUUGACUUGUGGGCUGCUACAUGAACCAGUAUAAUAACUUUUUUCUGGGUUUUCAAAAGUUUUUUUUUAAUCCUGAAAACAUCUGUCUGUAGCUGGAAACAAUGCUAAUAAAAGAAGCAAAUUUCAGACACUCUAAAAAGCUGAGGUGGUGGGGAGGGAGACAGAAGGCCCUUUGUGGGCUUGUCACUAUUAACUACUUUAACGUGACACAUUGUUUUGAUUUAAAAAAAAAAAACCCAUGAUUUUAGAGAAACUUCAGGCAGCAGAAUCCUUGAAGUAAAGAGAUUUGAGGAAGUUCUGUGCUUCUUUUGUAAUCUCUUCUCUCUGCUCUUACUGGCUGAAACAGUCCAGUCUACAGUUUUUUUUAAUUGGUUUGGCACAGUUUUCACAAGCAAUUGGUACAUUUUCAAAACUCUCCAUACUUAAAUCACAACAGAUCAUCAAAAGUGUACCUUUUUCAAACAUUUCAGCAUAUUUCCAAUUGUGUUAGUACAAUACACAUAAUGACAAAAUAUCCCUUUCACUACACAAAAUAAGUGUUUCAUCUAAAUAAAUGUUUCGUUCACAGUUACUGCCUUUCAUAAUGUUAUCACUAUAAAAUUUUUGAUUUGCAUUUCUUAUCAUUCAGUUUAAUACAUUUGUCUGUCAUUCAAUUCAACUGAUCUUAAUGUUUAAUCAAUGAAUCAUUCAUUAUGUCCAUGGAUUUUCAACUUGACUGAUUGUUGUCUGGUCAUUUGUAAGUUACACAUUGCUGCAAGAGCUUUCAAUCUAGAAAUACUAAUUGCUAAUUGUUUCCCCCUGAUGAUCACAAUUAGUUACCAUAUAAGUAGAACUGUGUUUGAGACUUUGCACUGUUCAAAUAUGGAGCAGGAUAGACUCGUAGGGAGAGGAAACCUUCAUCGGAGAGGUGGUGGUGCUCCUCGACAGAGAGGUGGGCACAGACAAAGAGAGAGAGGUGGUGGUGCUCCUCGACAGAGAGGUGGGCACACACAAAGAGGAAGAGGUGGUGGUGCUCCUCGACAGAGAGGUGGUCUUCAGAGAAAUGUAGGCAGAAGACAACGCACCAUCAUCUCUAAUGAAGUCCGGGCCAUCAUUGUUGACCAUGUGGUUAACAGAGGCUUUACCAUGGCUGAGGCUGCCAGGUUGGUACAGCCUAAUUUACAAAGGUCAGCUGUCAGCUCUAUCAUCCAAACUUUUCGCCAAGAAAACCGAAUUAACAGGAGACAACCUGGUGGUGGUCGCCCACGUGUUUUGACUGACCAGCAGGAGUUGGCUGUGGUGGAAAUGGUCAGGGCAAGGAAUGACAUACGGCUGUCUGAAAUCAAACAGGCUAUUGAGAACAGCAAUGACACCUUUGCCAAUGUGCCAUCAAUUAGCCUUCCAACAAUUGCCCGGCUUUUGAAGAAGCACCAGGUUUCCAUGAAACAAAUUUACUUGGUUCCUUUUGAGAGGAACAAUGUCCAGGUGAAACAACUGCGUUCAGAAUAUAUUCAGAGGGUGAUGGAGCUGGACGCUGCUGUGAAUCAUCACAAGUAUAUUUUUGUUGAUGAGGCCGGUUUCAAUCUGGCAAAAACUAGACGCAGAGGACGUAACCUUAUUGGACAAAGGGCUACCAUCCAAGUCCCUGGACAACGUGGGGGAAACAUCUCAAUGUGUGCAGCUAUAUCUGAAGAUGGUGUGGUAGGCUGUAGACCAGUUCUAGGGUCAUACAACACUGAACACCUGAGUUUUGUUUUUUUUAAAUGAACUGGAGCAGGCCUGUCAGGGAGAAGACAUCGUCUAUGUUGUUGUGUGGGACAAUGUCAGCUUCCACCAUGCACAGCUGGUUCAGGAAUGGUUUCAAACACAUCCUCGCUUCAUGACCCUCUAUCUUCCACCAUAUUCCCCUUUCCUCAACCCAAUUGAGGAAUUCUUCUCUACAUGGAGGUGGAAGGUGUAUGAUCGCCAUCCCCAUGAGCAUGUCUCCCUUCUUCAAGCCAUGUGUGAAGCUUGUGGUGAUAUAACUGCUGAGCAAUGUCAAGCCUGGAUUCGUCAUGCCAGGAGAUUUUUCCCACGGUGCCUGAACAACGAAGACAUCCACUGUGAUGUUGAUGAAAAUUUAUGGCCCAAUGUUAAUGACCGGCUUGAUUAAUUGUGUAAAAGUGAUAAGAAUAAAAUAACAUAAAAAUAUAUUUUGCUUAUGUAAAUGACUUGUUUUUUUUUUCUCCCUUUUUUGUGUGUGUGUGUGUGUAUGUAUGUGUUGUUUUAUGUCUGAACAUAAGUGUAAUAUUUGCUGUGUACAGUUCAGUUACACUCAUUCAUCACCAAGGACAAUUUGAAUCUCUUACCUUGUAUUAUUUGCUCCUGAAUGAAAUGACUGGUAAAAGUACUAAGUUGAAAAAAAGAGCUUACUGUUUUGUUUGGGUGAUUAAAGCAAAUGUUCUCAAAAUAUAUCACAGUGAUCAUGUGUUCUGAUACAAUGAUUACGUGGAAUGUAAAUAUGUGCAAAUGAAAUCAUGACAUCAGAUUUGAAAGAAUGACUAGUGGUGUUACAAAUGUGAUCAAAUGUGAGUUUUGUACUGAGAGAUUUGAAAAUGCACACUUUAGUUAUGAAAAUAGUGCCAAACCAAUUAACAAAAACUGUAAUACAGUGCAUGGCGUGAGCAGCAUUUCUGCAUGGUCUGUACCUAUUAUAUCGUGUGCUUCACCCCAGCCAGAACACUCUGAGCAUGGGCGGAAAGCUUUAUCAAUAUUAAAUGUAGGUACACAAAGUUCACUACCUGAAGUUUUAAUCAGAGUAUAGCAUCAAGUCAGUUGAACUUCUGGCAUGUGGAUCUGGUCAGUUAAGUAACAGAGGGGGUUGUUAAUCAGUUUCAGCUGCUUUGGUGUUCAUAAAAAUAAACAACAGGUGCACUAGAGGGCCAACAAUGAGACAACCCCCAAAAGAUAAAUGGUUUUAGAGAUGGAGGCCACUGAAAUGUUUUCCUCCUCAUGCACAUGACUGUUUUUUCACUUGUUUUGCAUUUGGAUCAAUGUCUCUACUCGUAGCAUGAGAUGACCUGGACCCUGCCGAGGUUGCACAGGUAGUCCUACUCCUCCAGGAUGUCACGUCAAUACAUGUCAUUGCCAGAAGGCUUGUUCUGUCUCCCAGCGCAGUCUCAAGAGGAUGGAGGAGAUUGUGGAAGACAGGCAGUUACUCUAGGAGAGCUGGACAAGGCUGUAGAAGGUCCUUAACCCAUCAGCAGGAUGGGACAAGGAUGCAAGGAGGAACAGGCUGAGCACUACCAGAGCUCUAUAAAAUGACCUCUGCAGGCCACUGGUAUGAAUGCCUCUGAUCAAACAAUUAGAAACAGAAUUAGAAACAGAAUGAGCACCCAACACCUUCUACUGGGCCCUGGGCUCACACAACCAGGCACCUUUGAGUCCAAUUGCUAUAGAAUACCAGAAUUGGUAUGUCCAUCACUGUCGUCUUGUGCUUUCCACAGAUAAGAGCAGGUUCACUCUGAGCACAUGUGACAGACACGGUCACGUGAAACUGUGGAGAAUGUUAUGUUGCCUGUAACAUUGCUCAGCAUGACUGGUUGGGUGGUGGGUUAUUGAUGGUCUGUGGAUUGAGACACAGACCUCUGCAGGCUAGUGAACGGCACCCUGAUUGCCUUUAGGUAACAAGAUGAAAUUUUUGGGCCCAUUUCUAGUUAUCCUGGUCCGGUGGAUCCUUGGUUCCUCCUGUUGGACGACAAGUCCCCUCCUCAUGUAGCGAGAGUAUGCAGGCAGUUCCUGGAGUAUGAAGGAAUUGAUAGCACUGACUGCCUCCCAGGCUUGCCUCGCCUAAAUCCAAUAGAACACCUCUGGGAUGUCAUGUUUUGGUCAAUCCAACGCCAUCAGGUUACACGUUGGACUUUCCAGGAACUCAGUGAUGCCCUUCUCAGGAUCCAUCUGUCGUCUCAUUAGGAGCAUACACCGAUGUUGUCAGGCACUUUGAGUUGCUGCAAAAUGGACUAGUCUGCCACAUAAUUUUUUCACUUUGGUUGUCAGCAUUCAGCUCUCUGUAGGUUGAUCAUUUUCAUUUCUGCCCAGUGAUGUGACAUUCAUUUGUUCUUAACACAUUACCUGCUCCAUAUCAGUAUAGAUAUCUGCAUGAUAUUUCUCUCACAUGUGAUGUGUUUUCAGAGUGUUCUUUUAAAUUUCCUGAGCAGUUCAUUAAUCUUAUUAAAGGUUAUCUGAAGUAAAAUGAAUACUAAAAAUGUAAUAAUAAUAGUUUCAGAAUUUGGUUUUCUUAGGUGCCUUUUUAAGAAGUUUUACAACAUUUUGACAUAAUUUUUUCUACAAAUAUUUCGAUG